UUUUUUAACUAGGUUUGGGCAAUAAAUUUCAGAAUCAAAGUAUCACCACCUGAAAUUCCCAACUUUGGAUUUAGAUAGAGGCAAGUUUACCUACCCUUUCCUGUUUCUAAGCGUAAACUGUAAGGUCUGUGCAUCUUGACUGAACUUUGACAGAGCUGUGGCAUUUUUCCUAACCUAAAGUUUGCCCCAGAGUCCUAAACCCACAGCAUUUUGUGGGGAGCUCUGACUCUUAAGCUUAGAAAUAAUAGCUCACAUUUAUGUGGGAUAUAAGUCACAGUAAAAUAAUAAAUACAUCUCAUGGAGCAAAAUAUUAAGGAGACACCUUAUCAACCCAUUCAUAUAUAAUUACAUUUAUUCAAAAACCUGCUUUCCUCCUCCAAAGAAAAGUUGUUACAGUAUUUCAUAUUCAGUGUGCAAAUACCUUAUGAUCAACACUAAAAAAAAAAAAAGUAAACUAUCACAACUGCCUUUCCCCAUUCCCCCAUUCUUGUAGAAUUUGUUUUGAUGUUGCAUAGCUUUAUUAGUAAGGGAAGCCUGAGCAUAGUUGGAAUUUUUACAAGUUUCGCAAUCACACUGGUUUUUAAUGGUGUCUUGCUCUGAUGCCUACACUGAAAACCCAUUGGUACUUCUUUUUCAGAUCUAAAGUAUCUCUCUUGGGAGAUUUUUGACAUUUUAUCAGAGUAUUUUUACAUAGGUUUGAACUGGAAAGCAUGAGGGGACUGAAAUUAUACUUAAUAAGAAUAUGGUUUCCUCUUUCAGCAGGGUUGAAUGCCUGCCAACACCCUCAGGCAUGACCAUGGAGAAAGGUGGGAACAUACACUUGGAGAUCCCUGACUUCAGCAACUCUGUCCUCAGCCAUCUCAACCAGCUGCGCAUGCAGGGCCGUCUCUGUGAUAUUGUGGUCAAUGUGCAAGGACAAGCUUUUCGGGCUCACAAAGUGGUACUGGCUGCCAGCUCCCCCUAUUUCCGAGAUCACAUGUCCUUGAAUGAGAUGAGCACUGUCUCCAUUUCGGUCAUCAAGAACCCUACUGUUUUUGAACAACUCCUUUCUUUCUGUUAUACGGGGCGAAUAUGCCUACAACUGGCAGAUAUCAUCAGUUACCUGACAGCUGCCAGUUUUCUGCAGAUGCAACAUAUCAUAGACAAAUGUACACAAAUACUGGAGGGCAUUCAUUUCAAAAUAAACGUGGCUGGGGUUGAAGCUGAAUUAAGCCAAACAAGGACAAAGCAUCCAGAGAGACCUCCAGAGUCGCACAGGGUUACCCCAAAUCUAAACCUCCCCCUUAGCCCCCGACAUAAUGCCCCAAAGGGAAACCGACGAGGUCAGGUAAGUGCUGUGCUGGAUAUCAGGGAGCUCAGCCCUCCUGAGGAGUCCACCAGCCCUCAGAUAAUUGAACCGAGUUCGGAUGUAGAGAGCCGGGAACCCAUUCUUCGCAUCAACCGAGCAGGACAGUGGUAUGUGGAAACAGGAGUAGCAGACCGAGGAGCCCGGAGCGAUGAUGAAGUUAGGGUUCUUGGAGCAGUACACAUUAAAACUGAAAAUCUGGAGGAGUGGCUCGGGCCGGAGAAUCAGCCUUCUGGAGAAGAUGGCAGUAGUGCAGAGGAAGUCACAGCCAUGGUGAUUGACACCACAGGCCAUGGUUCUGUAGGACAAGAGAAUUAUACUUUAGUGUCUUCAGGAGCUAAGGUGGCUCGGCCAACCAGCAGCGAAAUUGACAGAUUUAGCCCCUCGGGCAGUGUUGUUCCCCUGACGGAGAGACACAGAGCCAGAAGCGAGUCUCCCGGCAGAAUGGAUGAGCCUAAACAGCCCAGCUCCCAGGUAGAGGAAUCAGCAGUGAUGGGAGUGAGUGGCUAUGUAGAGUAUCUCCGAGAGCAGGAAGUAUCUGAGCGCUGGUUCCGGUACAACCCCCGCCUCACCUGCAUCUACUGUGCCAAAUCUUUCAACCAGAAGGGGAGCCUGGACCGCCACAUGCGCCUGCACAUGGGGAUCACUCCAUUCGUGUGCCGCAUGUGUGGCAAGAAGUACACCCGGAAAGAUCAGCUGGAGUAUCACAUCCGCAAGCACACAGGCAACAAGCCCUUCCACUGCCACGUGUGUGGCAAGAGUUUCCCCUUCCAGGCCAUCUUGAAUCAACACUUCCGCAAAAACCACCCUGGUUGUAUACCCCUGGAGGGGCCUCAUAGCAUCUCCCCAGAAACGACUGUCACAUCGCGAGGACAAGCUGAUGAGGAGUCACCCUCACAGGAGGAGACAGUUGCUCCUGGGGAGGCCGCCCAGGGCUCUGUGUCCACCACUGGGCCAGACUGAAACAUGGAGAGGGAGGGGGCAGACCCUCUUCCCCUUUGGGCCAUAAGCAGCCAGCAUCAGGGCCACAGGCUGCUACUUAGAUUCACAAAAUGCCACGUCACUAGAUGGGAAGAUGCUCCCAAGGUGUUGCCAAACUAGAGGAUCAGCAGCAUACACAAAAUCCCUGGAGGCUUUUUCCCUCCUCCUUCCCACCUCACACUUUGGAAAAUAACCAAGCAAAUCAACUUUCUAAUUCAGGGAUCAACAGCCUUGGUUUGUUAACUUUCUCAGAAAACAUUUUUUUAACAAGAUGAUAAAUGGUCAUUUACUGCCAGUCAUAUUUGAA